CAAUUGCGCUGGCCGCCCAACAAGUUCUUCUGAAAAGAUCGUCAUGGAUCCAUUGGCUCCAAGUCCCAGCGGCACUGCAGUUCGCGCGUACAGCAACCCAUCAAACGAGCGAGGAAAGCUCAGCAUCAAAGCGGCGUCACCGAAAUCCUGGGCGCCUCUCUGUCAGUUUCUCCACUACACUGUGCGCGUCUCUGCUUCAGUGGGGGUGGUCUUUGUGAAGCGGACUUGAAGGAUCGGAGGUGUUCCAUGGCAAGCUCGCAGUGCUGGGAGAACCCGCCGGCGCUGGACCCGGCCGGCGGAGGGGGCGAGGUCGUCGGCGACUUCGGCGGGCAGAAGGCGUACGUCGCUGGCUCGGCCGGCUCCAAGGCCGCCGUCGUCCUCAUCUCCGACGCCUUUGGCUUUGAAGCCCCAAACCUGAGGAAGAUAGCAGACAAGGUUGCUUUGUUUGGUUACUUCGUUGUGGUGCCAGAUUUCCUUCAUGGGGACCCAUACCAGCCAGACAAUCCCAACAAUCCUGGAAUUUGGUUACAGUCACAUAAUCCGAAAGAGGCAUUUGAAGAGGCAAAACCAGUUAUUGCCGCUCUAAAGGAGAAGGGAGCAUCUUUCAUCGGGGCUGCAGGUUAUUGUUGGGGUGCAAAGGUAGUGGUGGAGUUAGGCAAAGUCCAUGAAAUCCAGGCUGCUGUAUUGCUACACCCUUCUUUACUUGCUGUCGAUGACAUCAAAGAAGUCAAAUGCCCAAUUUCUAUACUUGGUGCUGAAAUUGACAAGACGUCUCCACCAGAGCUGUUAAAGCAGUUUGAGCAGAUCCUUUCUCCUAACCCCGAGUUCAGAUUAAAAAUCUCGGAGAGCUUUGAGGUCUUCCAUUUUCUCUACAGAUUGCUCACUUCGUCAAGAUUUUCCCCGGCGUAGAGCAUGGAUGGGCUGUGAGAUACAAUCACGAUGAUGCAGCUGCCGUCAAGAGCGCUGAGGAAGCCCUGGAAGACAUGAUGGAUUGGUUCAAGAAAUACCUGAAGUAAAAUCUGAAUUAGCAGCUCUCCAUGUACCAAGAUAUUGCUAAGUGCUAGCUAAUGCACGAACAGCUGAUCUUGAUAUGCCAUUUUGGGCCUGAACUUCGUUUAUGCCAUUGUGUUGUAAUGGCGUGUGUGCUUCCGUUCCAUGUGCCUCAUGAUACUUACUUUUAGUACUAUUUCUGAACAUGUGUGUGAGGUUGAUCCAAUCCUGCACCAACAAACCUGAAAUUUUUGCUGUGCAUUGGAGUUGAUUUUCCAGCAAUGAAAUUUGCAAAUGCCAGGAAGGUUUAGAGAAAA